UGGUGAGGUUCGGACGUACCCGUACAAAGCUCUCGCCUUACCGCGUACGUAAACCGCGAAUUUGUGGAAAACGGUUUUCGUCGGUGUCAUUUACAUACGUGGAGUGAAACUUGUUUUCAAUUUGUACACGAGUGAUGUGACGCUGUUUUUUGGAUUAACUGAACGCGUUGUGGAUUGGUUCCGUAAUUUUUAGUGCAACUUUUCAAAUUUGGAUUUGUGUUUAUUAAUGUUGUGAUGGUCGAGCGGGUGUGAAGAUGACGAGGGGGGGGAUCGCGCUCCUCGUGCUAUGGGUGGUCGCUGUCGCCGCGGACGGUAAACAUGAACCAUCCAGCACACCGGAGCCAGACCGAAGUACUAUGGCCUCCACGCCGCCCAUUCCUCUCCGACCAGAAUACGCACACCCCGCAGGAGUAGAAGCUUUCGACCCUUACAACUCAGAGAAGAACAACCCACCUCCUCACAAAGACUAUUUAGAAGAAGAUUACGAUCACGAACAUAAAGAGGAUGACCAUGAACAUAAUCGAGAAGAUGCUGAACUACCUUCUCUAAGCGGCGAUCAUUUACUCGAAAGUUCGACUGAUGACCUGCCAAUGUUCCUAUUGGAACCUCAACAUGCGUAUGUAGUUCGGAAUAAACCGGCUGUUUUGAGAUGUCGAGCAGCAAGUGCUUUGCAAGUGUACUUUAUGUGCAAUGGCGUUCGGUCGGUUGCGAGUACACAGUUCGAAUUUGUUGAUCCUCAGUCCGGAGUGAGGAUUGUCGAGGCCGAAUGUAACGUGACAAGGGAUCAGUUGGAGGAAUACUUUGGGGAAGAUCGUUUCUCGUGCACAUGUUACGCUUGGAGUAGUAGGGGCAAUAUCAACAGUCAACCAGCUGUUGUAGAAUUAGCAUACCUCAAGAAGCAGUUCACGGUGACGCCAUCACCAACAUCGGUGGAAGCCGGAUCCGCUGCUUCUCUUCGAUGCUCACCUCCAGCCGCUGCACCCUCUCCACGAGUCACGUGGCUGAAACAUGGAGCGCCAUUGCAGCAAGACCACAAUGUGCUCAUAUCUGCUGAAGGGAAUCUGCUUAUAUCACGAGCUACUUUGCAAGAUAUGGCGAACUACAGUUGCGUGGCAGAGAACAUCGCUGGGAAAAGAAUCUCCGAGCCGGCCCUGUUGACUGUCUACGUUAACGGCGGUUGGAGCUCUUGGGGUCCGUGGACGCACUGCCGAUGUAACGGCCGCAUCACCGGCGGACAACGUCGCACGCGCACAUGUACUGAACCACAUCCUCUCAACGGAGGUGCGCAAUGUCAGGGACAGGCUGUGCAGAGGACGUCUGAGUGUAUUCCUUGUCAAAGUGCUCUCCCGGGCCGUUGGGGCACCUGGUCGGAGUGGACGGUGUGUGGAGCAGACUGCAGGCAGAGUAGAAGACGAUCCUGUUCCGGCGACACGUCAUGUCUCGGUGCGCACACGCAGCACGCCGACUGCGUAGGAGACUACUGCGGCGUGAGGGGAGUGGUAGCACAUAGUGACAUCCCUCUCUACAUCGGCAUAGCAGUGGCAGUAGUAGUCUUCCUCUCUGGUGCUGUGGUCGUCUACAAACUCUUGCAGAGGAAGACUCGAGAUCAUUCUCUCUACACUAUGACGAGAACUGCAGAUUUCCAACCGGAAAUGUACCCGACAGUAGAGAAGCAGUCGCUCUCCCUGGCUCCGGACCUGAUGCAGCACCGACCUCCGAGAUACGAACAUCCUCAGCCGGAUACCAGGGCUGAACAUCAUUACGACGUCCCGCAUUUGACUAAUAGUUACGCAUCACCGGUAGAUCAUCAGAUCACUCCUUGUGCAUCGAGCAAAGGCCAAAGUGAUGACUACGACAGUAAGCCUUACAGCGAGUCUGAACACUCCGUGUCCAGUUGUUUUACCAGCUCCGGCUCCAUGUACGAUGCGGCGAACGAAUCAGUGACGUUGCAACUAGCGGAACUCGUAUCCAACUCGCCCACUUCCCAGUCUCUGUCAGUGUCUAAUACUGGCGCGAGAUUGGCUUUGCCCGCCGCUGGAGUAGCCCUAAAUGUUCCCGAAGCAUCCCUGAGUAGGGGUCGGCGCGAACAAAUCUACGUCGCUGUCGUGAAAGAUGACAGAUACCGACCCAGACUCGGUAAAGGUAUCACGCAACUGAGUCCAGUAGUUAAGUGUGGACCACCGCGUCUUCAGCUGAACAAGUCAGUAAUCCUACAAAUUCCUCAUUGUGCUAGUCUCAAACAUGGCUUUUGGAACCUUUCACUGUACGCCAUAGAUCAUAACAAUGCUAAACCUGACAACAAUCAGCCGCAGUGGAAGAAAAUAGUUGGUCUUGGACAAGAGACCAUCAACACUCCAGUCUUCACGCAACUUGACAACGAUAAAAUAUACCUAGUAACAGACAUGCUGUCAACAUUUGUACUGGUCGGAGAAAGUUUCAAUGGGAAAGCUGUCAAGGCUCUUCAAUUAGCAGUAUAUGCCCCAGCUAUGCCGAAUGAAAAUUCCCCAGAAUAUAGUAUCAGACUAUAUAUCUUUGAAGACACACCAUGUGCUGCUUAUUAUUGUCAAGAACAGGAGAAGAAACUCGGUGGAGUUUUGCUUGAUCGUCCAAAAACAUUACUGUUUCAAGAUGGAGGAUCCAAUCUUUGCAUGAAUCUAGAACAUGUCAGUCCUGGCUGGAAGGCUAAGCCUGGAAUUGGUUACCAAGAAAUUCCAUUCAAUCACGUAUGGAGCUCACACUACAAUGCUCUCCAUUGUAGUUUUGUAUUGGAACGAACUCACGAUUGCGACAACAUUGAUUUCACAAUAUCAGCUUGUCAGAGGACCAAUCCUUCUUACAAACAGACAUUCCGAAUAUCUCUCGAAGACGUAAGAAGCCGAUCGCCACGCGGUCGAUCUCCAAGAGCCGAGUCGCAGCGUAGUUUCAAUAUCACAGAGAAUCUUCUAGAAGCUCGCAUGUGCCGCAGUGAGGACGGAAGCGAUGGAAGUUCCAAAAGAAAUGUGACGGUGAGCGAGUCAGGAAUCAGCGAGUGUACAGGGGAGGGGCCAUUUAAACUAAGCGCGCGAGUGAAGAGGCAAUUAUGCAAUGUGUUGGAUCCGCCGAACGCUCGAGGGAAUGAUUGGCGAGCACUGGCGUCGAGACUGGGAGUGGAUAGAUACACCACGUGGUUCGCCACUAAGAGCUCGCCUACUGAAGCUAUUUUAGAGUUGUGGGAGUGUCGGGAGCGCGGUCCCGGGGCCAUUGCGGCUCUUGCAGCCGCAUUACGGCAGAUGGACCGCCACGACGCCGCGGACUUGUUACAAGGGCGACCGUCGUGGUUAUGAAUCUACAAGCAUUCGCAUCUUGACUUUAAUUAACGAACUGUACCCGCGAAGUUUUACCGUUUUAUCACGUGCGAGGAAUGUGAAAGCAAAGGCCUAUCAGAGGAACGUUUUGUUGGUAACUAAUAUGUAGUCUAAAUGUUAUAUUUAGAGAAAGUAUAGUUUCGUAGGCCUACGGCCUAAGUUUGUAAAAUCGUGGUAGUAUAUUUUGUAUAGAAUAUUAUUAUCUCUGCUGUAGAUAAGCGAUGGAAGAAAUAAAUUAUAUUAUAGUAGCAAUAAUAGUGCCUACAAUGUCUUUUAAAGAAACACUGCCAACCUCAAUAGGUGGUCACGGUUGAUAAUUUUGUUAAUUUUUAUAAGUGUUUGAGUGUUCAUUAUAUCGAAAUCGCUUAAGUUCAUGUUUAUUUGCUUAUGUAUUUUUUCAAUGUCUUGCUUUUUAGAGUUUCGACUUUCGACCCUUGUGCCAAAUGUUGGAUGCCACAGCACUUAUUGGCAAUAAUUUUGAAAA